CGUGCGACGUAACGACGAUCGUUUGCUCAGAUCAUGUGACUUGUCCACUCUCAUAAAAGCGUCCACACUGUUUCCGCAAAGGUUGCAAAGGUUUCGGAGCUUUUGAAACCGGUUUCGUCAGCACCCAUCGUUAGUUGAAAAUAGCUUUGAAAAUGUUCAGAAAAGAAGAGACUCUCGCAAUGCGGAAUAAACUGAUUGGGAAAUCUUGUAGACUUUUCUAUUCUGACGAUCCUGUGAAGAUAGUCAAAGCCAAAGGUCAGUAUUUGUAUGACGAGAAUGGCCAACAGUAUUUGGACUGUAUUAGCAACGUUCAGCACGUGGGUCACUGUCAUCCCAGCGUCACACAAGCAGCCACGGCGCAGAUGGAGCUUCUGAAUGCCAAUGCACGCUUCUUGCACGACAAUAUAGUUCAGUAUGCCAACCGCCUCGCUGCCACGCUGCCCGACAAGCUGAGCGUCUUCUAUUUUGUCAACUCAGGAUCGGAGGCCAAUGAUCUGGCGCUACGUUUGGCCCACGAGUACACCAAACAUGAAGACAUUAUUGUGCUUGACCAUGCAUAUCAUGGGCACCUAACUUCACUUAUUGAUAUCAGUCCAUACAAGUUCCGGAAGCUGACAGGACAAAAAGAGUGGGUUCAUGUGGCACCUCUACCAGACACCUAUAGAGGCGUAUACAGAGAGGACCACCCAGACCCUGCCCAGGCAUAUGCAGACACUGUGAAGGAUGUUAUCGACAAGGUGCAACUCAAAGGUCGCAAGGUUGGUGCGUUCUUCGCCGAGUCGUUGCCUAGCGUUGGAGGCCAGAUCCUAUUGCCCAAAGGAUACUCAACCAAAGUAGCCGAGUAUGUGCACUCUGCAGGGGGGGUGUUUGUGGCAGAUGAGGUGCAGACAGGUUUUGGGCGUGUGGGGAGUCACUUCUGGGCCUUCCAACUGCAGGGUGAGGACUUCUGCCCUGACAUAGUGACUAUGGGCAAACCAAUGGGCAACGGGCAUCCCCUGGCAUGUCUGGUGACCACCGUGGAGAUCGCUGGGGCCUUCACAGCCAAUGGAGUGGAGUACUUCAACACGUUCGGAGGUAAUCCAGUCUCAUGUGCCAUUGGACUGGCUGUCUUGGAUGUGAUUGAGAAAGAGGACUUAAGAGGGAACGCCUCACGCGUAGGUGCUUACCUAGUGGACCUGCUGAAGCAGCUACAGACCAAUCAUCCAAUCAUUGGAGAUGUCCGAGGAGUGGGGCUGUUUGUGGGAUUGGAGCUGGUCACAGAUAAAGAACAGAGGACCCCAGCUACAGAUGGAGCAGCACAGGUUGUCAGAAGACUGAAAGACAAGCGUAUCUGCGUCAGUACAGACGGCCCCUGGGAAAACGUCAUCAAGUUUAAACCUCCCAUGUGCUUCCGUAUGGAAGAUGCCAAGCUGGUGGCGGACACAAUUGAUCAGAUUCUCACAGACAUUGAGAGCGGUCAUUAAAAACUGGACAAUGGAGACAUCCAAGACAUUGUUGGGAACACCAGAACUGUCUUCCCCCAGAUAAACGGGAGACACCAUGGAAGAAAACAAGGAAUGCACCCGCAUUCAGGACAUUCAAUACCAAAUCAUUAAGACAUGAAGAUUACACUACUACAUCUACCAACACAGAUGGUUUGAGACAGCUCAUGAAUGAUUAUUAGUGAGCACUUUUGAUCCCCACAUUAAGGACAGAAAAUGAGCAGUAACGACAUGCAUCAAAAGCAAUGUAUUUCUACUAAAACACUGUACUGUGUGACAAUGACAAAAAAAAAAAAACAUUAAAUACCUUGAUCCUCCUCGCAUUUACAUUUCCUGUGGAAAUAGAAUCCCUGCCGCCACAUUGUAACUACCGAAUCGAGUACUAACCUCAAGUAAGUUCUACUGAUACAGUAGGAAGAGAGUACGUAAUAUACGCAAACUUGGAAUGGACACCAGACUAGACAGUCGCUUCCAGCUGACCAUGAGAAUUGUAGAACUGAAUGGCAACAGUGACUUUGUAUACAAGUAUUAUGACUGUAUUGGUGACGAGCAAAAAGAACAAUGUAUGGGGUGGGAAUGCACUUACCAGAGGACUACAGUUAUCACCUUGACACAUCCACCUAUGAAAACAUACCAAAUACUGUGGUUCAACUUCCGAUCCAUAGCGGGGUAUGAUCAGCUAGCCCAGAAAGUAAAUAAAACCAUGUACUUAGUACGGCUUUCACCCCAUUCACUGAGCCAGUUAUCCCUCUGCCAGCGAAGUAUCUGCCACCGCACCCCAACGAGGCAUCUGCGCAGAGCCAUUUUAACCUUACCCAAGACGAGCCAUUUAACAGUACAAA